GGUCUGCAAACCUGCCUUGCACGGUGCUCAACUGAUGCCGAGGCGCGGGAAGUGCGCUCAACAAGAGCAGUCUGCUACGCUUGACGGGGAAGCUGCAACAUGAUAUCAUUCUAGAAGCUCUGUCAGGCCUAGCGGCUUGGUUGCGGAGCAAAGCGCGGUCGUGUGGCAUCUCUCCGAGCACAGCACGCUGCCCGCAGGUUCAGACGCUGCCCGACACGAUGGCGUCUCAGCCCAGCAUUACCGCCGAGCAGAUAGAUGCACUGAUGGACGUGCUGGCAAACAGCAUCAACCGGGAAACUGCGACGUCGCUCCUGCGCUCGACGGGAGGCAGCGUGGAGGCCGCUGUUGCGGCCCAUUUCGCGGGUGGCGCAAGCGCGGGUGCGGGGGCCCAAGGCGCAGAUGUGGGGCCCAGCGGGUCGGGUGCAGGCGCGGCAGACCCGCUUUCCAGCCUGAGGUCUAUGCUGGGAGCCACGCCAACCGACUCUCAGCUGCGGGAGCUUCUACGCAUGCACCGCGGCUCCGUGGAGGCCGCCCUGGACGCCUACCUUGACGACCCCAGCGCUGGGCUGCCUCUGCCGGCCGCUCGGGGGCGGCGUGGCGGCGCAGCGGGGGCGGCAGGCACUCGGCUGGGCGGGCGCGAGCCCAUUGAACUCACAGACGACAGCUCGGAAGGCAACGCGGGCCAGCGGCCUCGCCGGCAGCAACAGCAGCAACAGCAGCAACAGCAGCAGCCUCGCCAACAACAGCCGCAGCCGCAGCAGCAGCCACAGGCACAGGCGCAGCCACAGGCACAAGCGGGGCCCAGUCAGGCCCGCACCAAAGGCCAGGCGGCGCGUGGCGGACAGGGCCGGCGGGGCCCUGCCAGAGCUCCCGCCGCCGCCCCGGCAGCAGGCCGUGGAUCGUUGGCGGCGGCAGCCGUGGCGGCGGGACGGGCCGCCGGGCGCAGUGCUGGUCGCGGCAGGGGAGGGGGUGCUCGUACCAUGCUGUGCACUGGCAGCGGCCCGGAGGACACGUCGUCAAGCGACGACUCGACCUCGUCCAGCGAGGAGGAGCAGGAGCGGCAGGUGGCGGCUGCGGACAGCAGUGAUGACGAGACGUCGUCCUCGAGCGAUGAGGGCAUUGACUUUGAGGCCGCAAUGCGCCGGACGCUCGCGGCGGCGGCAGGGACAGCUGGAGCGGCGGGGGCAGCUGGGGCAGCGAACGGCGCAGGCGCGGCGGGAGCUGCGGGCCCGUCUCAGCCGGCUGCUGCUGGGUCCGGGGCGGCGGCGGCGGCUGCAGGCGGCAGUGGUGGCGGCGGCGGCGGCGACCUGCGGCCCCUGAUGGAUGGCGACAUGCUGGCUCGAUCCAAGCGCCGUCAGGGUCCGCUCCCCGCCACGACUGCGCUGCCGCUGCCGGAGCACCGCCAGCCCAGCGGGCGGCUCUUCGUUGCAGACCAGGACGCCGUGCCGCACGGCCGUGUCCCGCCGCCGCGGCCGCUAAGCGACUUCCUUGGGACACCGCCGCCGGGCCCCGCCGGCGCCGCGGCCCGCGGCAAGGCAGCUGCCGCCGCCGGCGCCCCCAGUGCCGGCGGCCUGGCGUCGCCGGCGCUGCUGCUGGGCGAGGUGGCGGUGCCGCUGGAGGCGGCGACGGCGCCUGCGUUUGACGACGCGGCUCACGACAUGCUGCCGGCGGAGGUGACACUGGCGCUGGUGGACAAGGCCAUGGCCUGGCUGCAGCAGGGCAAGCUCUCGACCGCCAACGUGGCAGCGGGGGCGGGCGCAGCAGCGGGAGCAGCAGCCAACCAGGCCCGCGGCAAGGCCGCGAAGAAGGCGGCGGCGAUGGUGGCGGCGGUGGCGGCGUCGGGCGUCAACGCGACGUGCGGCAGCAGCCUUGCCUGGUGGAUUGAGUGGGUGCCCUGCCCGGGCAAGCCGGAGGGGGAGCCGCGAAUGGCGCUGUACGUGUCUGACGAGGCGUUCAUCAAGGAGGCACUGGCCGCCUACCCCACCGCCACGGGGCUGCGCUGCGGCCCCCGCGGCCCGCCCAAGACGCACGUGCGGCUGCUGGCCACGCCGCGUGGCUGCGCGCUGGAGCGGCUGCUGCCGCUGUACGCACGGGAGCCCACGCUGCUGUCGCACCUGGUGCACGCCUCGCGCGGGCCGCUGGUGCUUGCCAACGUGAAGCUGCAGGGCCCGGGGCUGGACGAGGCGGCAGGCGGGGUGGUGCUCAAGGCCGACGUGCUGGACGAGGCCACCAGGCGCCAGCUGCCGCUGCGGACCCUGUUCUCGGGGGGCGGCGCGGCAGCUGGUGGCGGCGACGGCAGCAGCAGUAGCAGCGGCGGUGACGACUCCGACAGCUCGGAUGAGGAGGGGUCGGAGGGUGAGGCAUCGGAGGAUGACGAUGCGGAGGAGUCGGGUGCGGAUGAUGAGCUAGCCGCGGCAGCCGGGGCGGGCCGGGGCGGCGGCGGCAACAAGCGCAAGCGUACGCCGUCGGCAAAGGCCUCGGCAGCCAAGAGCGCUGGGGGCAAGGGCGGCAAAAAGAAGGCUGCGACCGCAGCGGCUCGAAAGGGCGCCGCGGGCGCCGCCCCGCCCCGGAAGAAGGCCAAAACGGAGCCCGCAGCUGCGGCCAAGCCGGCUGCGAAAGCCAAGCCGAACAAAGCUGCGGCGGCUGGGGCAAGGGCCGGGAAGGCGGCCGCCGCAAAGCCGCCGCUGGCUCCGGCCCAGCCGCAGCCGCAGCAGCAACAGCUCAACGGCUGGGCCGCUCCCGGGGCUGCGGCGGCAGCUGCGGCGGGUGGCAAGCAGCAGGCCGGCGGGGGCCCCAAGCGCUACACACUGCAUCUGCAGUUCUUCGUGGAUGAGGCGGUCAUCCAGGCCGCGGCGCCGCCGGCCCACGUCAAGGACGGCUCGGUGCACGGCGAGGCGCAGCGCAAGGUCGGCGCGCGCGGCGGCGGCCCCGGCGGCGCGGGCUACAACCGCAAGGCGGCGGAGCUGCUGACGUGCGUGAUCCACGUGCUGCUGGAGCACGGCCGGGGGCUGUUCGUGGGGCCGGACUGUGACGGCUACAUCAACACCAAUGACACGGACGCGGGGCCUAGGUCGGGCACCGCGGGCACGUCGGGCGCAGCCGGGCCCAGCGGCGGGGGCCCCAGUGGCGGCGGGGCAGCGGGCGGCUCGCGGCGGGGCCGUAGCACCUCAGUAGCAGGGGCCUCCGGAAGCGCACCGCCGAGCCGGUCGCCGAGCGCCGGGCCGGAAGACAAUGGCGCAGAGGAGGAGGACGAGCCGUUCACGGACCUGGAGGCGCUGUUGGACUCCAUACAGCCGCCGCCCGAGCUGCCGCAGGCCGUGCCGCCUCCCAGCGUGUUGGCGCACCCCAAGCCCUUCCAGCUGCGCGGGCUGGAGUGGAUGCUGCGGCGCGAGCGGCGCGGCGACGCCGUGGGGCGCUCGCUGCUGCUGCUGCACCCCGCCUGGGCGCAGGUGGUGCUGGGCAGCUGCGGCCUGGUGCUGCAGGUGCACCGCCUGGCGCCCGCCUACGUGUCGGCCGACUUCUUCCCAGCGCCCGUGGGCGGCACCUGCGGCGGCUUCCUGUGCGACGAGAUGGGCCUGGGCAAGUCGCUCCAGACCAUCAUGCUCAUCGUGUCCAACCCGCCGCCCCCCGACUGGACGCACACGCCCGUGUCUGUGCGGGAGCGGCUGCAGCACCACUACUUCCGCGCGGCGCCCGGGCCCCUCAGCGCACUCAUGGACGACCCCCACGGCGACCCCGCUGCCAUCAAGACCACGCUGCUGGUCACCCCCGCCAACCUACAGGAGCAAUGGAUUGAGGAGAUGCGGAAGCACCUGCAGGAGCACACGCUCACGUGGGCCACCUACAAGGGCUAUAAGGACUCCACCGCCGGCAUGGGCGCCGCGCUGCCCUCCGGUCUGCUGCCGCCCGCCAUGGCGCACGGCGACAACGGAUUCCUGGUGCCUGUUCACCAGUGCGACGUGGUGUUGGUGUCGUACGAGGUCCUGCGCAAGGAGCUGACGCUGGCGGGCAGCUCCAAGGCCGCGACGCGGCUGCUGCCCCGCCUGGGCUUCUGGCGCAUCGUGCUGGACGAGGCGCAGCUGGUGGCCAACAGCAACAGCGUGGCGGCCGAGGUGGUGUCCAGCCUGUACCGGCGGCACGCAUGGGUGGUCACAGGCACGCCCAUCUCCGCCAACGUGAACGAGGUCCAGAGCCUUUGCGAGUUCCUCUCCUACGAACCCUACUACCACGGACCCGUGUGGCGGCACCUGCUCGCGCAGCCCUUCGCAGCGCGCAGCCGAGCCGGCGUGGCGACCUUCAGGGCGCUACUACGCGGCGUGAUGCUGCGGCGCAGCAAGGCGGCGGUGGAGAGCCAGCUGGCGCUGCCACCCUGCCUGACAGAGGACCUGGUGGUGGAGCUGAGCGGCGUGGAGCGGGCGUUCUACGACGUGCUCAAGGGGCGCUACAUGGCCACACUCAACACCAUGCGCACCACCGAGGGAGCAGCCGGAGCCAACGGCGGGGGCGGUGCGGACAGCGAUGACGGAGGAGGCGGUGCCCGCGGCGGCCGGCGGGGCCGCGGGCGCGGGCGCGGCCGCGGCCGCGGCCGCGGUGAGGACGGCAGCCGCCGUGCUGCUACCAGCGCCUCCCACCGCGCACUGGCAGCGCUGGUCAAGCUGCGGCAGAGCUGCUGCCACCCCGAGCUGGCGCGCCGCGAGGCCGACCUCAGCGGCGGUGCGGCCGGAGGGGGCGGCGCUGGGGCCGACGGCGAGGGCGAGGCCGGCGGGGGCGGCGGUGCGCGCGGCGGCCGCUCCGGGCGCGGCGGGCGCGGCGGCGGCGGCGGGCGGCAGCAGCGCCAGAGCAUGCGGCAGAUCAUGGCGCGGCUGGUGUCGGAGGCGUAUUCCGCGUAUGACCAGGUGGUGGCCAACCUGUACUCAGCCCGGCUGCUGGUGGCGGCGCUGCAAGACAGCAGCGGCAAGGCUGAGGAGCUGACACCCGAGGCUGUGGCCGAGUAUGCGGAGCGGCGACAGAAGCAGAUGCAGCCGCAGGACGCCGCGGCCGCUGCUGCGGGCGGCGCCGGCGCCUCCACGUCGGGGGCCGCUGGGGCAGCAGCAGGUGCAGCUGCAGCCGCCGCUCCAGCUGAGGCUGACGCCGCCGCCGCUGAUGCUGGCGGCGAUGGCGCGGCCGGCCCUUCGGCGCCUGCCGCCGCCGCUGCUGCUACCGAGGGUGCCCAGGCACCGCAAGCGGAAGCCGUGGCCGCCGCCAGUGGCGGCGCUACUGCCACUGAUGACGCGACCGAGGAUGCGGCGAGUACGGGCGGCGGCGCGCUGGCGGCUCUGGUGACGCAGCUGCAGCAGACGUGCAAAUUGGUCAGCACCACUGAUCUGCUCUUCCAGGUCAAGGCCCGCGGCAGUGACGGCUCCAUCCUGUGGGAGCACACCGGCCAGACGGCCGCGUUCGGCGGCGCGGUGGGCGGCACCGCCUCCGUGGCGCCGGUACUGGCUGAGGAGCAGGCGAGAGACCGCAAGCGGCGCUGGCAGCGGCUAGUGCUGGAUGCGCUCACGUUGCGGUCCUACCUGGCGUGCCUGCAGGCGCCCAUGGGCACAUUGGCGCUGCUGGGUGCGCAGGCCCGCGGCCGCCACCUCGCGGCGCAGGCGGUGGAGGCGCACGAGAAGGCGGUGGUGGCGGCGGAGAAGCUGCAGCACCGCAAAGACCUGCACGCGGCCGCCGUGGAGGCGGCGGCGGUCGCCAAGGCGCAGUUGGAUUCGGCGGCCGAGGCUGGCAUGGACCCCAGUUCUCUGGGAGGCGGCGGCGCGGCGGGUGCGGAGGCGGCGGGGUCGCAGCAGCCCGCCGCCGCUGCGAACGGCGGGCGGGCGAGCAAGCGGCAGCGCACGAACGCGCGCGGCGGCGGAAAGGGCAAGGGCAAGGACGGGGAGCCCGCAGCCGCCCUGUCGUUGCAGGAGGAGUGCGUGCGGCUGGCGGACAGGGUGAAGGUCAUGGCGCGCUGCGAGCAGGAGGCGGAGGAGGCGCUGGAGUCGGCAAAGACGGGUGUGGAGGUCGCGGAGGCGGAGGCGGCGCAGGGCGCGGCGGAGGCGGUCGCCGCCACGGCUGAGGCGGCGCCGGAGGUGGCGGCGGCGGCCGCCAAGAUCACCGCCCUGAACGACGCAAUCAACAGGCGCCGGGAGGAGCUGGGCCUGGGGUCGCAGGAGGUGUGGCUGAUGGAUGCGGAGCUGAGGCGAAGCAUCCGCGUGCCGCGUGGCGGCGCCAUGGGUGGCGGCGGCGCCGCCGGCUCGGCGGCGGCUGGGGCGGAUGGGCAGGUGUACGGCAGCGGCAGCGAGGACGAGUGGGACUCGGAUGAGGAGGUGCCACGGCGCAGGCGCUCCGGCCUGGUCGGCGGCCGCCGUGGCGGCGGCGGUGCCGGCGGUGCCGGCGGCGGCACCACCAAGCUGGAUGGCAUGCUCAUAGCGCUGGGCGGCACCGCCUUCCAGGAGACACUGUACAGGGCGGAGCCGGUGGUCCGCGACUUCCAGAAGGCCAUGUCGCGGCGCGGCGGCACCGCCGCCAGCCGCCUGAGCGCCGCGGAGGGCGACGUUAAGCGCGGCGUGGGCGCGGUGCGGGAGAAGUACUCGGCCCUCAACCACCUCAUCACGCAGCAGGCGGACCUGGGGCUGGCAGGCGAUCUGCCCACCGCGGCUGAGGCCGCUGCUGAUGCCGCGGCGGCGGCGGCGGAGGGGGCGGAGGCGGGGGCGGAAGGGGGCGGUGGCGGGGGCGAGGACGGUGCGGGGCCUUCGGGAGCGGGCGCGGCGGGUGCGGCGGGUGAGGCAGGGGCAGGAGCUGCGGGGCCGUCGGGGAGCGGCGCGGGGGGCACCGCCGCAACGCUUCCCAACGGCUUGGGGAGAGGCGGCGCGGGCGCCGCAGGCGCGGGCGGCGGCAAGUCGGCUGCUGAGGCGAGGGAGGAGGCGCCGCCGUGCCCCAUCUGCCUGGACGUGCCGGACCGCCGCACCAUCACAACGUGCGGCCACACCUUCUGCACCGACUGCAUCCACGACAUCGUGCAGGGCAAGGGCAGCGCGCCCUGCCCUAUCUGCCGCGCGCCCCUGCAGCGAGCCGACCUGAUGGACUCAGUGCCUGAGGAGGAGGCGGCGCCCGACCCCGCGGAGCUGGAAGCGCUGCGGAUGGUGGCGGCACGAGCGGCUCGGGACGGGCGGCAGGGCGACAACGCCGAGUACGGAGCAAAGGUUGCUGCGCUGCUGGCUGAGCUGGGUCGCAUGGGCGACGAGGAGCCCGACUCCAAGGCGCUGGUGUUCAGCAGCUGGGGCCGCCUGCUGCGGCUGGUGCACGAGGCGCUGGUGGCCAACGGCAUCACCUGCGUCAGCCUGGUGGGCGGUAACCCGGAGGCGCGGCAGGCGGCGCUGCAGACGUUCCUACAUGACCGGAAGUGCCGCGUGCUGCUCCUCAUGAAGAGCACCAGCGGCGGAGCCGCGGGCCUCACACUGACUGUGGCGCACACGGCCUUCAUGUUGGAGCCGGCACUCAACCCAGGACUGGAGGCCCAGGCGGCGGCCCGCAUCUGCCGGCUGGGUCAGGACUGGCCCACACGUGUGGUGCGCAUCAUCGCCAAGGACACUGUGGAGGAGAGGGUGCUGGCGCUUCAGCAGCACAAGCAGCAGCACGGUGAGAGCGGGGGCGGCGGCGCCGGGCCUUCGGGCGCGGCGGGAGGUGCGGCGGGUGCGGCCCCUGGCGGCACGCCCGGAGGCGGCGCCGCGGCUGCGGCGGGUCAGGACACCAUGGGCCUCAUGACUGAGAAUGUCGACAACGGCAUUCUUUUCAGGUUCUUCGAUUUUGCCAGCGGCCAGUGACGAGCGGGGCCACAAGCGAGGGAGUGUGCACGGCCUAGCACGGGCGGCGGUAGAAACGUUUGCGGUAGGUCUUGAGUGGUAACCACGUUUGCGGUAUUGAGUGGCAACCACGGUGCGCCAGUGGCGCCCGAGCUGUAGUAUAAUGUUUGCCUCGCUAGGCAGCAUGCGCAUGCUACUGCUGCCGGUCUUUACCUUGAAGCCUGUUGUUAUGCGGCUUGUGCUUGAUGUUUGCUGCAUACCGGCGUGCAAGCGUACGAGUAGCUAUCUUCAUGAUGAAUGAGCGGGAUUAGUGCUGUUCUCAAAGUGACACGCUCGGGCCCUGCGGGAGAGCAGGGCUGUGGCCAUGCAUGGGUGGUUGGCCUGAAUUCGCUUAUGAGUGCUUACGCGUGCUGUGUAGUAAUGCCCAUGCGGAACCGAGAAAGCAAGCGAGCACAGCGCUGAUAAAUGUUUCACGCGUGCUGACCUGCGGCUGGUGUAGCCGCCUGCCUUCGCGCCGCCGGUGUGGGAUGCGGUGUGCCUUGCCGCCCUGCCUAUCUGCCCUAGGUGUGGGGCUGUGGUCAUGGCUGGACUCCAGGGGCGGGGCAGGCUUUGCCGCUUGCACAGUUGAUGCGUAUAAGUGUGACGGUCAUAUUUGACUUGGGGGGUCGGUUGCAGAGGGUUGCAGACUUGCAGUCUUAUCUUAGCACCGAGAAUGUAGCGAUUACAGCGAAGGUCAGUCAGUCAACAAAGUAAGGCGGCGGCUGCGGAGCAUGCGCGGUGGCGCGCGGCAUGCGGCUGACCACCUUACUCGCUGUAACCAUGCAUGUACGCGGAGGCGGUACAGAGCGAACUAGGCAAGCAGGACAAGCAACUGCGCCUAGCCCAGGCCCUUGCAAUCAUGUGUCCCGCUCGAGGUCCGGCUCCGCAUUUGCCGCCAGUAAGCCUGACGAGUCGCCAGCGGCACGGCACCUUCCCCAGUGCAAGAGCGCCCAUGCCCCAUUGUUAAACGUUACCGAUUGAAGGGACGUUGCAAACACAUGUGCCAUCCUUCCUCAGUAUUGUCCGCCUAGUUGGCCGUCCGACACCUGCCCCAGCGGACAGCUGGGUGGGUGGCACCAAUAAUAACUACCGCACGUGCCUGACACAUGCACCUCUACGGACACCCCGACCACAAGCUACGGCAGCAGUACAAGUUGCUUGCCAGCUACGGCAGAUCGAAGCAAGCUGUGGCCGUGCGCUGCGGUAGUAGGAAGGAGCGCGCAAGCGCGCAAGGUGGGGCGAGGCGAGGCGAGGCGAGGUGAGGCAACGUAGGUGAGGAGGUGGGGCGAGGUGAGGCGAGGUUGAG